CAACCCCAAAAACAGCUAAUCCAAACGGAGCCAAAUAAAUUACAGUCCAAACAAAUCCUUACACGUCACCAAACUCUUGCUCACGCUUUAUGUAUGGAAGAGAGAGAUGGGCAUAACAUAUCAAAUCAAUCACACGCCAAGACACCAACAAAUCCACGCGCCAACACCUUUUGGACUCAACCGCCGGAGCACCAAAACAAGAAGACAAGGUUCAAAACCAACAACGUUAUCCCAACGUCCUCACUACACACAAACAGUUGAAGUCCGUAUUUCGGAAACGUUACCCAGGCACAAGGCGGCGGUGCAAGUGGUGGUGGUAGCCAACAUGGGUCGACUGAGGAGUUCGCCGGUGAACAAGCUGUUUGCAUGGGUGAGGAGACAGUCGAUGAAGGUCAAGAUUUUCUUGGCUGUAACUUCGGUGAUAUGUCCACUAGUGGCGCUGAAAUUGCUGAUCAAAGAUCACAACCACUUUUUCAUAGCUUCUGAGGCUGUUCAUUUCCUGGGCAUCAUGGUCUUGAUUUAUAAGCUCACCACCCAAAAGACUUGCUCUGGCCUUUCCUUGAAGUCUCAGGAGCUCACGGCUAUAUUUUUGGCCGUAAGAUUAUGCUGUAGCUUCUUCAUGGAGGGAGAUAUCCAUACUGUACUUGAUUUUGCCACCCUUGUAUCAACUUUAUGGGUUAUUUACAUGAUAAGAUUUAAACUGAAAUCCACCUACAUAGCAGAGCUGGACAAUAUGCCCAUCUAUUAUCUGGUGGUGCCAUGCGCAAUUCUAGCUGUAAUUAGCCAUCCGUAUACCUAUCACGCACUCAUCUACAGAAUACUUUGGGCCUUUUGUGUUUAUUUGGAAUCCGUGGCAGUGUUGCCCCAACUUCGGAUGAUGCAGAAUGCCAAGAUGAUUGAACCAUUUACGGCCCAUUAUGUAUUUGCUCUGGGUGUUGCAAGAUUCUUGAGCUGCGCUAACUGGAUCAUCCAGGUUUAUGAUACUUCUGGAAAGUAUCUGUUUGUGCUUGGAGGAGGGUAUUUGUGGGUUGCAAUGGUUCUUCUAUCUGAAAUUGUCCAGACGUUCAUCUUGGCUGACUUCUGUUAUUAUUACGUCAAGAGCGUGAUCAUGAAUGGCCAGCUUCUAGUCACCAUGCCUCUGCCUGUAUAAUAAUAGUACCACACUGAUAUAUAUAUAUAUCUUUUUUUUUUUUGGGGUGAUCAUGGUAGGCUUGGACAGAACAUUUUACCAUGCUUUUUAUUGGGUUAAUUGACUUAUUUUUUUUUUAAAAAAAAAAAUCAUAUUCUUGCGA